AUGGCCCUGAGGAGCCUAAGCAGGGUCCAAGUGGGAAGCAGUCCAUAUCCCACCUGGCACCCUGUUGUUGGGGCCACGUCCAGCUGCCCAUGGGGACUACCCCUUACCUCAGAAUGUCCUCCCGUCACAGUCCUCGCAGCCGGGACGCUCCCUGGGCAUGACACGCAUGGACAGCAUCUCAGACUCCAGGCUGUACGAGAGUGACCCCCAUGAGGCAGCGGAGACCCCCCCACUGUGCCGCGAACAGCACGCCAGCUGGGAAUCCUAUGGAUACCACUCGUACCCCCACUGA